AUGACAAUAAAUAAUAACACUGGGUUUUCAACAGAUAGUCCUAUUACUCACGUUAAAAGUGGUUCAAAUGGACUUCACUCUGAACUUUCAAACUUAAAAAAUAAUAAAAUAAUAGAUUUCGAAACAACCAUUUUAAAUCAUAAACCAUCUGGUUCAAAUAGCCCAAAGAUUCAAGUUUAUUUGCAUCAAAAUGACCAUCACAGCUCUAAUAUUUCUAAUAGUGCACAAACGCUAGCAAGUAGUGACUCAUUUAUAUCAGAAGGUUUUUCGCGGCAUAACGAUUCUUCAACUCCAACGACUCCUGAAUUAUAUCAACCACGUUCUCAAGAAUAUAAUUCAAAGAAAAAAAAAAGAUUUAGUGAAGGUUCAUUUUUAUCAAAUGGUAUACAAUGGUUGAUAAAAACUCGACAAAGUUCUCCUUCAAGAAAUCAUAAAUCUCAUUCUUACCAUCAUCAAAGUGAUUCCGAUGCUUUCAAAACUUUGGCUUUUUCUGAUACUUUUCCUUCAACUUCACAUAAAAGUAUGCCAACUUUUCCAUUAUCAUUUGAAAGAGCUCGAACUUGUAGCAGUUUAGGUGAUAAAUCAAGUACUACGGUUAAUUCUUUUAAUACAAACCAUAGUUCUUAUGAUGAUUAUAAGAAACAAAUUUUUACUAUUGAAUUCUCGGAUUCUCAUAAUUUUUCUGGAAAACUUAAAUCUAAUAAUAAUACUUUGACAAAAAUUCCAAAUCAAAAAUGUCAAAAGAGACUUUCAAAAAUUUUUAAAAAAUCAAAGAAACAACAUCCUUUACUCGCAACUGCUAUUCAAGCUUUAGAAUCAAUGAAAUAUAAUGAUGCUAUUGAUUUAUACUCUCAAGUUUUAAUGAAAUAUCCUAAUAGUUAUUCUAUUAGAUGUGAUAGAGCUUAUGCUUCUUAUCAAGUUGAAGAUUGGGAAAGAGCUCUUUCUGAUUUAAAUUUUGCUAUUUUAAAAAAACCAAGGAAUCCUCGAGCUUAUACUUUACGUGGUGAAAUUUAUAGAUUAUUAGAAUCUUUUAAAGAAUCUUUAAUGGACUUUAAUCAAUCUUUAAAAUUACAACCAAAAAAUAUUCACGCUUUAAGAGCUAGAGCUGAAGUUUUUUAUUCAAUAAAUCAUUAUAAUGAUGCUAUACUUGAUUUAAAUCUUGCUUUAGAAAUUGAACCUUGUAACGUUUAUACUAUAAGUAGACGUGCUAAAGUUUAUUGUUCACUUGGUUUUUAUGGUGCUGCUUUAUUAGAUUUAAAUAAAGCUUUGGAAAUUGAUGGUUCUCAUGCCGCUUCAAUUUUAGCUAAUCGUGGUGAAGUUUAUCAAGCUAUUGGACGUAAUGAUUUAGCUUUAUUAGAUUUAAAUGAAGCUAUAAUACGUGGUGAAAAUGGUGAAAGUGUUUUAGCACUUGAACGUCGUGGUUUUAUUUAUAGAACACUUGGUAGAGAAGAUGAUGCUUUAACAGAUUUUGAAAAAAUUCUUCAAAUUCAUCCAAGAAGUUUUAUUGCUCAUAAAAAUAUUGGAGAAAUUUUAUAUAAUUUGGGUGAAUACGAAGAUGCUUUAGUACAUAUGAACAUUGCUUUACAAUUACAUUCUAAUAAUGAAACUACUUUAAUUAAACAUCGUGGUGAAAUUUAUCAAAAACUUGAAUAUUAUGAAGAUGCUAUAACAGAUUUUAAUUUAGUUUUAUCUAUUAAACCUGAUGAUUUAGAAACUCUUAAAAAUCGUGGUGAAGCUUAUAGAUUACUUCAAGAUUUUGAUAGAGCUGAAAAUGAUUUUACAAGAGUUUUAAUAAUUGAUCCAACUGACGUUUUUUCAUUAACAAGACGUGGUGAAGUUUAUAGAAUGAAACGAGAAGGAUUAAAAGCUUUACAAGAUUUGGAUGAAGCAAUUAAUCAAGAUCCUGAUAAUAUAAUGGCAAGAGAAAGUCGAGAUUGGGGAUAUCCAUUAGCAUUAAGGGGUGCAAUUUAUCGAACUUUAAAGUCAUAUACCAAAGCUUUAUUAGAUUUAGAUAGAGCUAUCGAGAAUAUAAGGGAUAAAGCAUUUCAUCUUGAACAUUCUACCAUAGCAUUAUAUAACCGAGGAGCUGUAUAUAAUACUUUGGGAAAACAUGAAGAAGCAUUGAUAGAUUUAAAUAGGGUUUUAUUUAGAGAUCCACAUCAUAUGCCUGCAUUAUGUGAACGAAGUAUAACUUACGAAGCAUUAGGAAGAACUGAUAAAGCACUAGCAGAUAUAGAUCAUGCAUUGAGAAUUGAUCAUUCAAACGAACAUGCAAUUGCUCUCAUGAAAAAAUUGAAAGAUGGAAAAAAAUAA